AUGUCGAGUUAUGGGAGUACUUCACCAUCAGACGAAGGCUUCGACCGAUACGAGCCACCCUUCUACUGUCCACCUUCACAUCAAGGUAGUCCAUUGGACGGUGGAGUGUAUUGGCCGGCGGGCGAGGGUCACGAGUUCGAUGCUCAGGACAUGUAUCACGACACCAACAACUACAUAGGCAGAAAUUAUGGUUAUGAAGAAAUGCAAAUAUCAACAAAUGAAACCUACGAAGCAUACCACAGUAACGUGAUGCAUCACAGCUAUACACAAAAUAAUCCAGGCUUAGAUUGCGAUAUGCAAACUUUGCCCCGGUACGAUCGACCGCCACCCUCUUUUGUAAGGGUGGUCAAGAGAAGAACGACAGCAAAUAAGAAGGAAAGACGUCGAACUCAAAGUAUUAACACUGCAUUCACUGAUCUAAGAGAAUGUAUACCGAAUGUGCCGCCAGAUACAAAAUUGUCUAAGAUGGUGCGACCGAGAUCGCAGAGCAUCAAUACCGCGUUCUCUAAACUAAGAGAUCGCAUUCCAAGCGUUCUUCCUGACACUAAGAUGACUAAGAUAAAAACUCUCCGUCUGGCAACUUCGUACAUAUCGUAUCUCCUGAAGGUGUUGGAGACGGAUGGAGAGCCAGCAGGAGGGUUCAGGGCUGAGCUUCAUCACACGCCGCCUAGACGGAGAAAUGCUGAACAUAAUUCACAGAAUAAUGCAUCUGAGAAAAAAGGUAAAGGACGAACUGGCUGGCCCCAACAUGUUUGGGCUCUAGAAUUGAAAAGUGAACAGAACCUGCAAACA